AUGGGGAAGUAUGCAAUACCGCCACCACCCUGGCUAAAGCGGCUGUAUGACAAGGUGGGGGCCUUCCUCAAGAAGGCGGACCCUUACGAGGCCAAGGCCAGCAGGGACUUCCCCGUGUUGGAGAGGCACGACCGAGCUAAGGAGUUUGCGGAGGACAGGACCAAUUUGGAGCGCGAUGCACCGGCGGGGAAGAGAGCUGCCACCCACCUGAAGGAGUUCAAGAUCUACAGGUGGAAUCCAGAUGCCCCGCAGAGGCCACACCUCCAGUCCUUUCACUUGAACCUCAAGGAAUGUGGACCCAUGGUAUUGGAUGCGCUUCAGAAGAUAAAGGCAGAGUAUGACCCAACUCUGGCUUACAGGAGGUCAUGCAGGGAGGGCAUAUGUGGGUCUUGCUCCAUGAACAUCGAUGGCACCAACACCGUGGCCUGCCUCAAACCCAUCAACGCGGACACAUCAAAGGCGACAGUCAUCACUCCGCUGCCUCACAUGUAUGUCAUCAAGGACUUGGUUGUGGAUCUCAGCAACUUCUAUAAUCAGUACAAGUCUGUGGAGCCAUGGUUGAAGACCAGAAGGCCGCCUCCUGGAGGGAAGGAAUACCUACAAUCCCCUCAGGACAGGAAGAAGCUGGAUGGCUUGUACGAGUGCAUCCUGUGUGCCUGCUGCAGUGCUGCUUGCCCCUCUUACUGGUGGAACCCUGAAGAGUUUCUCGGACCUGCAGCGCUCAUCCAUGCAUAUAGGUGGAUCCAGGACAGUCGGGAUGAUUACACGGAGGAGAGGCUGCAGUCGCUGACCGAGUCGCAUCAGAAGCUGUACAGGUGCAGGACCAUUGUGAACUGUACCGCCACCUGCCCAAAGAGCCUCAGCCCUGCCCACGCCAUCGCCAUGAUGAAGAAGAAGCAUCUUUACUCUGUUUGAAGCAGAAGGCCUCGACACUUGUUUAAUCCCACACGUCUUGUGACUAUAAUUUACCAUAAGCUCGUCUUUUUUCUCUCGAUCAUCCUAUGUCUCUUUCUUUGGCCUUUCUUAAGAAUUCAUAGGCCGGCCUGUUUGGAUGGAGGGAUGGAGGAGAAUGAGAAUUUAGAUGGAGGAGAAGGAAAGA